UCGAUAUUGUAAACAGGCGCCCCUGCGCUCGCGAGCUGAACUUUAGACUUUUGCUGGAAAGUUUUCAAAGCGAGCAGCGAUUUAUCCAUGUGUCAGCAUUUUCUGUGCGAUGUGAUUUAGUGACACUAUUCGAGAACAGUUUCCUGCUAACCGAACAAAAUGUCACUGCUUGUGGACUGUGUGAAAUUCAUCGAAACGUACCGAGGCCGCGACAAGAUCAUCCGGCUAUGUUCUUACGCAGCAAUGUUAGUCGGUGGGGACAACACGUCUCCCAUCUCCGAGAAGGCACGUGUGAUCGGUCGCGAGUUGAGCGCAUGCAGGGUGAUACUUCGCCUGUUCGAUGACCUGCCAAUGCUAGCGUAUAACCUUCAGUACGGACUUGGCAGCAAGGAGAAGAACCCGUGCCUACGUGUGUGUGAACUAGGCUCGAACUUGGUCAACCAGCUGUACUACCCCAUAGAGCACAUUGCCUGGUGUGCCGACAAGCAGCUCCUCACCAUCAAGUCGGGCAGCUUCUGGCUGGCGGGACUCAUCCUGUGGGCCAUCUCCCUCACGCUGCAAGCCGUCAAGUGCUUGCUGACCAUUGCCAGGUUAAAGCGUUCAGCCAACAGACUGAAGAAACAGAGGUAUCUUGAUGGGCAAGACCAAUAUUAUGAGAACUCCGAACAGCGGGAAGAGUUGUGGUUGCAGCUGCAUGGUGUGCAGGCUGACAUCUUCAGCCAGUACCUGCUCCUGCUUCAGUCGAUGGCCGACCUCCUCAACGCCAUCAACUGGCUGCCCAAGGGAUGGCUGUGGGGGGGGCGCUUUGGUGCUGCCAAGUCGGGGCUGUUCGGCCUCGCCUCCUCUCUCAUCAUGCUGUUCCGACACUGGUAUUCCCGGUCCUGAUGACUGCUCGUCCUUAUCUAGCAGAGAUGCUACCAUUACAAUAUUGAAGCACAUUCCACGAAUACGAUUAUGUGAAAUAUAUUACGAAUUAUGUGAAAAAACAUUUCCUGUAAUUAAAACCUACAGUCGUUUUAAUAAUAAUUAUUUAUAAUGUUAUUAACCAAUUAAUAGUAUAUUUUUCUGUUUUGGCAUAGAAAGGUUUACAUAUUUCAAGGAGUUUUAAUAUGUGAUGCAAAAUAUUAUUUUUUUCUCAGCAGUAUUGUUUAGUCAGAAAUGCUACCAAUGAUAACCUAUUACUGAUUCUAGAUACCCAUUAAUAAUUCAAGAUAUUACUUAUUGCUUUAUAUUGGUGUUGACAUCUCGGCAUUAUGUUGUCCCAACACUGCUAUGCCAGGUCGUGAGAACAGAGACCAUAUGACAGACGGUGUGUUACAUGUAUAUCGUCUCUGGUGAGAAGUGCUCUGCUUACAGAAUCAGGGGCAGGUAACUCCGGGCCUUCAGGAAAGAUCCUGACAUUCAGACUUUGUUACUCACAACGCAUGUCUUCCAUUAAAACAUGUGGGAAAGUUUCCACUUUCAUUUGCAUGCUAUCAUGAUUAUAUACACCUGGAAAUUAAUUAAGCAUCCCCUGGUUUUUUUGCCAUGUGUGUCUAACAACAUGGUAUCACUCACACCAAGUCUAAAAUAUGAUGGAAAAAUAUACGCCAUGUUGAAGAUGAGACUCCCGACUAGCGAAAACACAGAGAAUGUUGACAAUGGUCAUUGUUUUAAUUAUGGGCAUGACACAGUGCCAGCAGUACUGUAAAUGAGACAGAAUGGGAACCAUAGUAACUAGGGAUUGGGAAAGUUGACUUUAGAUUGCAAAGUGGUUUAGGGCGCUGUAAAGGGAGACUAGUCAGAAUCAGUUGACUGUCUCCUACGUUUAAUUCAAGCUACAACUUUCAUUAUUUAUGAAUUCAUGUGCCUUUGUUAUGAAUAAUGUUAGGGGAGAAUAAUGUUAAGGGAGAAUAAGGUUAAGGGAGAAUAAUGUUAAGGGAGAAUAAUGUUAAGGGAGAAUAAUGUUAGGGGAGAAUAAUGUUAAGGGAGAACAAGGUUAAGGGAGAAUAAUGUUAAGGGAGAAUAAUGUUAAGGGAGAAUAAUGUUAAGGGAGAAUAAUGUUAAGGGAGAAUAAUGUUAAGGGAGAACAAGGUUAAGGGAGAAUAAUGUUAAGGGAGAAUAAUGUUAAGGGAGAAUAAUGUUAAGGGAGAACAAGGUUAAGGGAGAUUAAUGUUAAGGGAGAAAAAGGGUUAAGGGAGAACAAGGUUAAGGGAGAAUAAUGUUAAGGGAGAAUAAUGUUAAGGGAGAACAAGGUUAAGGGAGAUUAAUGUUAAGGGAGAACAAGGUUAAGGGAGAUUAAUGUUAAGGGAGAACAAGGUUAAGGGAGAUUAAUGUUAAGGGAGAACAAGGUUAAGGGAGAUUAAUGUUAAGGGAGAAUAAUGUUAAGGGAGAAUAAUGUUAAGGGAGAACAAGGUUAAGGGAGAAUAAUGUUAAGGAAGAAUAAUGUUAAGGGAGAAUAAUGUUAAGGGAGAAUAAUGUUAAGGGAGAACAAGGUUAAGGGAGAUUAAUGUUAAGGGAGAUUAAUGUUAAGGGAGAAUAAUGUUAAGGGAGAACAAGGUUAAGGGAGAUUAAUGUUAAGGGAGAAUAAUGUUAAGGGAGAACAAGGUUAAGGGAGAUUAAUGUUAAGGGAGAACAAGGUUAAGGGAGAAUAAUGUUAAGGGAGAAUAAUGUUAAGGGAGAACAAGGUUAAGGGAGAAUAAUGUUAAGGGAGAACAAGGUUAAGGGAGAAUAAUGUUAAGGGAGAAUAAUGUUAAGGGAGAACAAUGUUAAGGAAGAUCAAUGUUAAGGGAGAAUAAUGUUAAGGGAGAAUAAUGUUAAGGGAGAAUAAUGUUAAGGGAGAACAAGGUUAAGGGAGAAUAAUGUUAAGGGAGAAUAAUGUUAAGGGAGAUUAAUGUUAAGGGAGAAUAAUGUUAAGGGAGAACAAUGUUAAGGGAGAAUAAUGUUAGGGGAGAAUAAUGUUAAGGGAGAUUAAUGUUAAGGGAGAAUAAUGUUAAGGGAGAUUAAUGUUAAGGGAGAAUAAUGUUAAGGGAGAAUAAUGUUAGGGGAGAAUAAUGUUAAGGGAGAAUAAUGUUAAGGGAGAACAAGGUUAAGGGAGAAUAAUGUUAAGGAAGAAUAAUGUUAAGGGAGAAUAAUGUUAAGGGAGAUUAAUGUUAAGGGAGAUUAAUGUUAAGGGAGAACAAGGUUAAGGGAGAACAAGGUUAAGGGAGAUUAAUGUUAAGGAAGAAUAAUGUUAAGGGAGAACAAGGUUAAGGGAGAUUAAUGUUAAGGGAGAAUAAUGUUAAGGGAGAACAAUGUUAAGGGAGAUUAAUGUUAAGGGAGAAUAAUGUUAAGGGAGAUUAAUGUUAAGGGAGAACAAGGUUAAGGGAGAACAAGGUUAAGGGAGAUUAAUGUUAAGGAAGAAUAAUGUUAAGGGAGAACAAGGUUAAGGGAGAUUAAUGUUAAGGGAGAACAAGGUUAAGGGAGAUUAAUGUUAAGGGAGAACAAGGUUAAGGGAGAUUAAUGUUAAGGGAGAAUAAUGUUAAGGGAGAAUAAUGUUAAGGGAGAACAAGGUUAAGGGAGAACAAGGUUAAGGAAGAACAAUGUUAAGGGAGAACAAUGUUAAGGGAGAAUAAUGUUAAGGGAGAAUAAUGUUAAGGGAGAAUAAUGUUAAGGAAGAAUAAUGUUAAGGGAGAAUAAUGUUAAGGAAGAAUAAUGUUAGGGGAGAAUAAUGUUAAGGGAGAAUAAUGUUAAGGGAGAUUAAUGUUAAGGGAGAAUAAUGUUAAGGGAGAAUAAUGUUAAGGGAGAACAAGGUUAAGGGAGAUUAAUGUUAAGGGAGAAUAAUGUUAAGGGAGAACAAGGUUAAGGGAGAAUAAUGUUAAGGGAGAACAAUGUUAAGGGAGAAUAAUGUUAAGGGAGAACAAGGUUAAGGGAGAUUAAUGUUAAGGGAGAAUAAUGUUAAGGGAGACUAAUGUUAAGGGAGAACAAGGUUAAGGGAGAACAAGGUUAAGGAAGAACAAUGUUAAGGGAGAAUAAUGUUAAGGGAGAAUAAUGUUAAGGGAGAAUAAUGUUAAGGAAGAAUAAUGUUAAGGGAGAAUAAUGUUAAGGAAGAAUAAUGUUAGGGGAGAAUAAUGUUAAGGGAGAUUAAUGUUAAGGGAGAAUAAUGUUAAGGGAGAAUAAUGUUAAGGGAGAACAAGGUUAAGGGAGAUUAAUGUUAAGGGAGAAUAAUGUUAAGGGAGAACAAGGUUAAGGGAGAAUAAUGUUAAGGGAGAAUAAUGUUAAGGGAGAACAAGGUUAAGGGAGAAUAAUGUUAAGGAAGAAUAAUGUUAAGGGAGAAUAAUGUUAAGGGAGAUUAAUGUUAAGGAAGAAUAAUGUUAAGGGAGAACAAGGUUAAGGGAGAUUAAUGUUAAGGGAGAAUAAUGUUAAGGGAGAACAAGGUUAAGGGAGAUUAAUGUUAAGGGAGAAUAAUGUUAAGGGAGAACAAGGUUAAGGGAGAACAAGGUUAAGGGAGAUUAAUGUUAAGGGAGAAUAAUGUUAAGGGAGAACAAGGUUAAGGGAGGUUAAUGUUAAGGGAGAACAAGGUUAAGGGAGAAUAAUGUUAAGGGAGAAUAAUGUUAAGGGAGAAUAAUGUUAAGGGAGAACAAGGUUAAGGGAGAUUAAUGUUAAGGGAGAAUAAUGUUAAGGGAGAACAAGGUUAAGGGAGAAUAAUGUUAAGGGAGAACAAGGUUAAGGGAGAAUAAUGUUAAGGGAGAUUAAUGUUAAGGGAGAAUAAUGUUAAGGGAGAACAAUGUUAAGGGAGAAUAAUGUUAAGGGAGAAUAAUGUUAGGGGAGAAUAAUGUUAGGGGAGAAUAAUGUUAGGGGAGAAUAAUGUUAAGGGAGAAUAAUGUUAGGGGAGAAUAAUGUUAGGGGAGAAUAAUGUUAAGGGAGAAUAAUGUUAGGGGAGAUUAAUGUUAAGCGAGAAUAAUGUUAGGGGAGAAUAAUGUUAAGGGAGAAUAAUGUUAAGGGAGAAUAAUGUUAAGGGAGAAUAAUGUUAGGGGAGAACAAGGUUCGUACCAAUCUGCAGUCCUAGAUCCAAGUCAUUUAAUUCUUGUGUGUGUUUGCUUAAAGUUUAUUAAGUGCAUUGAAACCCUGUUAAUCCAGACACUGAUUAACAGAUGUCUGGAUUAAUGAAUUCUUUCGGAAAGAGUUAUGCCACUUUGUAUGUAUAUAACCAGUAAAUGUCCUGAAAGGUGAGUUUCCAGAUUACAGAGGUAUCACUGUAACAGCAGUCUUACAGUUACCGUCAUUACACAUGGCAGUUUUAUCGCAGUUUGGAAAAAAAUAAUGAUUGUGGGUAAAACUCUGUACUCUGUCAAUGCUCCAUUAUUUAUUUAAGCAGAUUGUUUCAAGAAAGACUUCCACAAAGACUCGGUGGAAUUGAAAGUGACGGAGAAGGAAACAAUGUCGAAAAUAAGCAGUAUUUGAUUGAGAAGUUGUGUAUGCAUGCAUCAUCAUCAUCAUCAUCAUCAUCAUCAUUGCCCUCCUCCUCUGUGCAGAGUUGUGUCCCUUGGGCUUGCUUGAAACAUGAUCUUGGGUUCAAAUCCUGGUUCGCCCUGAUUAUGUUUCCAGGUUUGUCAGCACCACGUUGCUUGUUGGUUCAACAAAGUUGUAAUUAAACAUCUGAGACCUGCAUCACUUCGGGCUUUCCUACCACAUUAAGCUGACACUCACUCAUUCAUUCGCAGGCUCGCUCGCUCACUCACUCACUCACUCACUCACUCACUCACUCACUCACUCACUCCCACACUCACUCACUCACUCACUCCCACACCCACCCACCCACCCACUCACCCACUCACUCCCUCACUCACUCACCAUCCUCCUCAUCAUAUCCCUGUGUUGACCCAUGUUACUGUAUCAAUGCUCUUUUAUUUAGUACAUAUUACACAAUUAGUGUGACACAAUCCUAUAUGGCAAUGGGAUCUCUUAUUCAGCACAUUUAUACAGCUUACAAAUAUUACACCUAGUUAUUCAAGAUUUGCAGAUGUAUAUUUAUUAAGUCUUCUUCAGAUGUUGGAUUUCUAUCAAGUUUUAUGAUGACUAGAUGUGGCAUUUUCAGUGCCUCUGCAAUACACUGUACAUUAUAAAUUCAAUCCUUUAACUGGCAAUCCAUUUAUUAAUUUUAUCCAAAGCUGGAUUAAAUUAGAUUUCCGUUUCUUGUGGGGUCAGAUGAUAUUCCAGUUGAUAUUCCUCAAAAACAAACAUUGACCCAAAAGUGGAAUCAAAUUCUUCGACCGAGUCCGUCGAACACUGUCCCCAUUAGACUUCUCAGCUGCCUCAUGACUCACCCAGCAUUGUUUUUAUCUGGCUUUCAUGUCCUGCAAUCAGCAUUACUGCAGGUGACACCCUCGUUCCUCCUUUACUCUCUGCACUGUUAUUUUCUCACAGGCGAUAGGGUAGCCUAGUGGUUCAAGUGUUCGCUCGUCACGCUGAAAACCUGGGUUCGAUUCCCCACAUUCGUACAAUGUGUGAAGCCCAUUUCUGGUUUCCCCUGUUGUGAUGUUGCUGUAAUAUUGCUAAAAGCAUACUCGAUCAAUAUUUCGUCAUAUUUAUAUAAGGGGAGACAACCCCGUCACAUCUCUGUGUGUUUUUAUGAUACGCAAUUUUUAACUGUUGUUGCACGUGUGGUGUAUAAACUGACUCAAGUCUGGUGUAUGAAAGGUGUGAGAAUACAGGAAUAAAGAUUGUGAAGAAGA